AACAGCAAAGUAAACAACGCCAUCUAUCGGCAAUAUUUAGCGCACCUGUUUAAUUUGCUUCUUUGUCCAUAGAAAGCGUCACCCGUCACUUGUGUAUUUCAAAUUUGAUAAGAGGCGCAGUAAUGGAAUCUUUAAAAAGAACAGCAGAGGAAGCAGAUUCUCUUCUUGAAGGUGUCAAGGCUUUGAUUGUAGAUAUUGAGGGCACAACAACGCCUAUCGACUUUGUAAAGGAGACACUUUUCCCAUAUGUCAGUGAAAAUAUAGAGGAAUAUUUAACAAAAAAUUAUGAUGAAGAGGAAACAAAGAAAGACAUUCAGGCCUUGAGAGAAUUGGCAGCAAAAGACAAAAAAGAAAAAUGUGAAGGAGUUGUAGAGAUACCAGCAUCAGAUGGGGACAAGAAAGAUAUUAUCAAAGCUGUAGUGGCCAAUGUAAAAUGGCAGAUGGACAAAGAUAGGAAAUCCACGGCAUUGAAAGCCUUACAAGGACAUAUCUGGAGAGAAGGUUACGAACAAGAAAAACUAAAAGCAGAAUUGUUCGAAGAUGUAGGACCAAAUCUUCAACAAAUAGUAGAAAUAGGAAUAGCUGUGUAUGUUUUCUCAUCGGGGAGUGUAGAAAGUCAAAAACUUCUCUUUGCGAACACAGAUGACGGUAACUUGUUAGAGCUUUUCACUGGUUUCUAUGAUACAACGACAGGAUCAAAAACUGACAAAACAAGUUACACUAAAAUAGCAGAGGAUAUAGAUGCUGAACCAGAAGAAAUAUUAUUCUUAACAGAUACUCCAGAUGAAGCAGCAGCAGCUGUGAAGGCAGGUUUACGUAGCGCAAUAGUUGUGAGAGAAGGAAAUGCUGAACUAUCAAAUGAAGUUUUCCAGAAUUAUCUGGUGAUAGAAUCAUUCAAUGAACUAUUUGGUGAUGACGAUGAGGAAGAUUUCAAAAGAAUUGCAGGAGACAAUGGUGAGGUAGAUGAUGAUGAAGAUGGCGAGGAAGAUGAUUUAGACGGAGAGGAUGAUGAGGAGGACGAUGUCCCUGAAGAUGAAGAUGAUGAGGAGGAUGCAUAAACGUGACAAUGUUAUGAAUGUGUGUGACUAAAUGAAAUUGAAAUCAUAUGUUACAGAAUGUUGUUUUAAUUGUUUCAUUUGGAUCUAAUGUUAAUUUAUACUGUUAGUGAUACUUUUAUAUAUCUCAAUUAAAAUUACACAUGAUUUGUAAAGAAUGCAAGUAUCAUAUUAACCAAAUGUGUAAUUAUAAUUGAUUUCUACUCAAUUUUUUGCAUUCAUUGCUGUGUUGGUGUACGUUCUUGACUAUGAAGCAGUAGCUGUUUGUUGGUGUACGUUCUGAACUAUAAGCCGUUACUGUUUCUGUCUUAUAAAUCUAUAAACCCAUAAUAAAAUGAUCUCAGACAGGAUUUCCAUGUCUCUAAAAUUGAAAUCUAAUGAAACAAUGCAAACAAAGGUUGAUGAUUGUGACAAUGCUCAUUACUCAGUAAAACUAUUCAAAUCAGGAAACAUUUCAAGGCAGAAGGUUGAAUGUUGUUGUAUAAAUGUGAAAUUGGUAGAUAUUUCGUUAUUUUAUUUUCAGAGCAGCACAUUUUUCUCUCAUUUGGUAAUCUGAUGAAAGGGUAAAUUUUUUGAAACUCUCUGAUUUUUCUUUAACCAAACCUUACAUUAUUUGUGUACAUAAAAAGUGAACGCAUGAGGUGAUUCUGUUAUCAUUUAUCCAUAAGGUAUAUCGCAAAUCAUAAUAGGUUCUGGUCAUUUAACAUUUGUAUACAGAUGUGAUGACAUAAAGCAUAUAGAGAUAAACAAUGUAACAAACAGCUAAUCAUUUGUCAGAAAGAGAGUUCCAUCCUUGAUUCGACUAUGCACAUGUAUGACAGUUUUAUGCCAGUCUCUAUUGGACAUUGAUGCAGUGGCAAUAUACAUAAUACGGGAGGGUUUAUAAAUAAGUUAUUGCUUUGUGUUUAAUAAUGAAACUGUUUAGUUGGGAAGGGUUGUAAAUGAUGAGUAAGAGUUCACAGUAUGUACAGUUUUUCUGCAAGUGUUCACAGCUUGUACAGUUUUUUCUGCAAGUGUUCAGAAACAAAACAUAUAAGAUGUUUAUUGUUAACUUGCAAUAUUUUAUUCUGUGUAUUCAUAUUUGGAUACCAUUUGUUCUAUAAUAUUAUUUUUGUAGGGAAUUUUGUAAAGAUUUUAGAAGAAUGUUAUAUUGUGUGUGUGUUUGUUUAUACAAGUUUUUAUAAGUGUUAGUGUUCAUUUGUACAGACUACUUACAUGUAGACCAUAAGAAUUUCACGAAACCAUUAGCAAAGUGGAAUAGGCAAGCAUAGUUUACAUUAUAUACAUAUUUUAGCAGAACUUUUAAAUGGCAGUUUUAUGUAAUGUCUGAAAAAUUUGCAUUUACAUUUUUACUCUUUGCAUGGUUUGAAAUAACUUUAUAAAUAUUGUCAUUUUGUAAAUAAUACAAGCAGCCAUUUCUUGAAAGUUAUUCAGGCAACCUUGGAAGUUUUGUUCCAUUUUGAUAAUAAUUCUAAAUUUUAUUAUUUUACCAUUUUUAUAUUGCUUUUCUAUGAAAUACUUUUUAAACAUAUAUUAAUGAUCUCUCUAGAAAUAACAUCUCAAUAAGCAUUUUUUUCAGACAUUUGAAAAUUUUAUUAAUUUGUAUUCUGAAGAUGUUCUUCAUUGUACAAAUCAUUAUCAUUCUCAGUAAAAAGUAGUUUUCAUAUUU